AUGGCACUUUGCCGGUUUGUGUUGCUGUCGACGGUUCUCUUCACCGGCCGAGCGGUAGUUGUGGCCAUGGACUUGCACGAGCAAAGAUUGAUGGAGGCACCUACCCUCCUUCGGGGUGGCGCCUCCAUGGAAGAGGUGAAGAUAAUCCCGCCGCCUGCAGAGGUUCUGCGCAGCCCGCAAUUCUCGAGCCUACUGGAUGCCUACACGGAGGACACAGCGCUGGAGAGGGCACUAGGGGAGUGCCGUCUUUGGAUCGAUGUUGAGCGGUUCAGAGCUAGUGAGACAACUGGUGACCCUCCGAAGCCUGCAUCUGAUGUGACCGAGAGGGGGGAGUCGAGGGACACCGCGUCCUUUCCCCAGCACACAAUGAGGCCUACCACAGGAAAGGGGCGGUGCGCGUCAUUGAACAAACGCUUUGGCUGGACUGUCAGGAGUAGCAGCGGGUCUUUUGAGGAUUCCUUCUCUUCUGCUGUUUGUACGGAGGCACCGUGGUUCGCAGAUAUUGAGGUCGUGAAGGUGGAUUAUGAUGGAACCGAUGAGUUGAACCUGGGCGAUGUUCGUUUGCACGUCAAGUACAUCCAUCUACCGCAAGGCGAUCCCUCCCAAGACAUGGCCCCGAUAAUUCCCAUGGCCCCCUUUCAGAUAUUGACGCCCUCAGGCGACGAUGGCGCCGGGCCUCCAAGGCCAGGCGAAAAGUCCAUAGUCUUCUGUCUUGAGAAGGGCCAACCGGUGCUGCUCUCCAGACCCGUGGAGAACGAGACUGCUUAUUUAGAGUUCCUGCCUGGACCCUGGUCUGUGGAGGUGGAUGUGGAGCUCUACGCGGAUGUGUCCCGGCCCAUGGGCGUCGGCGUCCGCCUGCGCGUGAAGGAUAAUGUGGCAGUGACGCUCCCACCCUCCCGUUUGUUGCCCUUCAACACUAAGGGAUUAAGCACUGAGCAGUGGCUGCUGCUGGAACUUGCAGAGGUGCAUUCGCAGCAGCAGCGACAAAACGGAGCAACGGAUAUGCAAGAAGCCCAUGAGCUGGACGUGGCGGAGAUGUGGGAAAAAAUCCAGAGAGAAAGAGCCAUGGAGGCUUUUGCAACUAACCAGUGCCGCCUUAAGAGGGGUGCAAAGUUUGGCGACCCCGUCCAACUAGACUGCCUACCCGACAUAAAAGGGCAAAGCAGAAAAGAAUUGGUGAUGAACGGAGUGGACGUGGUCCGUCGUGGGGUGAUCGGUCUGGUGUUGGCCCUUAUCCCGACCUUGGGGAUAAAUGCAGCGUUUCAUUCGCUUAUUGGGUCGAAGGACAGUUUCACGCAGCGGGUGGAGAAUGCGGCGGCGGAGUUGUCGCUCUUCAGCUUGAAGAGAGAGUGCAGAGUGGCAUUGCCUCUCGGGAAUUUGGGUAGGCCCGAAGCAGACAAAUUAACAAUGGAUACCAUAGUGCUGGGAUGGACCUCGCAGCAGACUGAGUUGCUGGACGAGAUUGCCUCUGAAAUGCUCCAGCUGUAUGCAAAAGGAGGGAAAGAUCGCAGGAUUCACAAGACUGAAGGGAAAGUAUUAUUCGAAGAAGCUAGUGACAGCCUUACCAUUCAUGUCCCAGUGUCCACGCUCGGCUACGCACGGCGCGUCCGGCUAGGCCUGCAAUUCGAGAGGGAUGCAGAAGUGGUUUUUACAUUCAUAGACAUGGGAGGGCACUUCCACCCAUUUCACAAAGUAAUAAGCACACAGGGAGACACCGCUGCGGUGAACGAGCAGCGAGACGUUUUAGCGACCACUGGGGUUGCGCAGCCUUCCCAUCACAUUACCGCGAAAACGAUGGGGGAAACAGCUGGUAAGGCAGGUCCGGCAACAGAAAGAGAGACCAGCGCUCAAGAGGCACAGAAAGCAGCAGCGCAAGAGACCAGUGACCAAGUGGGAGCAGAGAUUGGGGAUAAGGAUAUUCCUGGUGAACAGUUGGAGGUGGAAACUUCUGUCGAAGACGCACAAAUGAAGAUGACAGGGGAGGUGGGUGCGGCAGCCGGGGCAAAGGGCAAACCUGGCUCAACCAAAGACAAUGAGGAAGAAAUCAUAACGUAUUUACAGCUGCUUUGGCAGAAGGUAGGGGAGCCACAGUACCGUGAGUUGAAGCGUACUGCAAUCGCGAACAUCGUUUGGGACGUUGGGAUCUCUGCAGCCUUCCUGGUAAUAGCGUUUGUCACUGCUAAGUUAAUGGGGUCUAUCAAUGGACGGACUGUCGCAGAUAUGCUCAGGGAGAGAAGGGUCCGUCGUCUGGCCUCUUUAAGAGCGAGCGAGAUCGACAUUACAGUACUCAGUAGUGAAACACACGUGCAUGAGACAAGCUUCGAGAGGAACCCGCCCACAGAAGAGGAUGCAGCUGUGGCCGAGGGAGUAGAAGCAAAUGGUAUGUUGAAAUCGCCGUCGAUGACACGGGAUCAGGUUUAA